AUGGCUUCAGAGACGUUCACCGUGGAAGAUGAUGAGUGCCAUGGAUGUGCUGGCAACUCAAUUCAGAUUGAAGCUGACACUUCGUUUUCUGACUGUCCUGACUCCAGUUGGACUUUCGUGCAAGAUGUUUUGCCAGAUGCACAUGUUGAAGGUGAACGUGUGAAUGCAUACCCUCAUGAUUUUGGUUUUGAAUCACUUGAAUUUGAACACAGCGGAGAGACUGAGAAGAGUGCUUGCGGUUCAUUGUGCCCUAGCCCCAGUACACCAGCUGCCGGUUCUGAGUUGCAUUUUGAAUCAACUUCAAACGCAGUACAACCUGUGACAAGUGAUUCUCAGUGGCAGUUGGGUGUCAUUGCAAAUCAUGGCCAGUUUUCACAACACCAGACGUCACUUUUGUUGCCAUGGGAGAGUGGAGUUUUUGCUGAGAUUUUUGGCAAGGGUUCAUUGCUUGAGUUGCCACAAAGUCACCUGCCAGAGCCUGACAGUGAAUUCAUGGAAAAGGUCAUCGAGGCGUCGGAAUCCUUAGCUUCCACUUCACAUGUCCCUAGGGAUGCUUGUUUUGACAAAGCAGUUCGAAACAUCAGAGACCUUGAAUACUUCGAGAACAAAAACAGACAACUUGAGCUGGCUUGCGGUCAAUGGUUGGAGUUGCUUUCAUGCAAUUGGUACGCAACUGGUGUUGGUGAGAUGCUUGCUACUGAUAUGGCUAAAGAUGCUAGCGGCAAGCUGGCCAGUGAAACGCUGAAGGCCAGUUUCGGACUGAAGAGUCCACAGACGCUUUUGAAGCGUGCUGCAACGUUGCGGAGGUAUUUCAAGUGGCAUGCCUCAACGAGGUCCGAUGCUCAUCAAGUGGUUGUGAGCCCCCUGCCUUUGUCUGAGCCUGACGUCUGGGAGUUCUUUCAUUGGUUGCGAGAGUGUAGGCAAACCACUGGCAGAGGUUUUACAACUCAAUCUGCAUUCAUGGAGACUGUGCGGUUUUCAAAGUUUUGCUUGGACAUGCGUGAGACUGACUGCAUUCUUCAGUCGAGAAGGCUUUUGGGAUUCUCUGCAAUUCAGCGACAGUUGAAGGGCCCCACAAACCAGGCGCCCCCUUUGGAGCUGAUACACCUUCAGCGGCUCCAUGAGAUUUUGGAGUCGGCGUCUUGUUUGACAGACAGGUUGGGCGCUGGAGUCAUGCUUGUUUGUGUAUAUGGCAGAGCACGGUGGUCAGACUUGAGAUUCAUACAUCAUGUUACAAUUGAAGAAGGACGGAACGGGUUUUUGACUUUGUUUACAACUGAACACAAGACCUCAUCGGUUGGAGCAAAGCGAGAGCAAUACCUGCCGUUGGUGAUUCCUUGGAUGGGUGUGACACACCAUGAAUGGGUUGCAAUUUUUCUUGAAGUCUACAAACAAGCGGGCUUGGACAUCAACCGAGUGCCAUUGGGACCGCUGAUGCCUGCACCGAGAUCGGGAGGUGGUUUCAGUGCGAGACCGCUCAGCACACCUGAGGCGGCAACGUGGCUACGGCUUUUGCUGCAUGGGACGCCGUCUUCUGACAGCUUCAGGGCCCAUUCACUGAAGACCACAUUGUUGGUGUGGGCAGCGAAGGCAGGCUUGGACAAGGAGGUCAGAGCUGUGCUUGGGCAUCAUGCCUCGGCAUUGGAGGGGUCUGAGGUGGUAUACAGUCGCCACUUACAGACAAGGGCGCUGAGGAAGCUGAAUAUGCUGCUCCACAGAGUGCGCAUUGGGCUGGGGCUGGAGGAGGAUCCAUUGGUGCCCAACCCUUUUGCAACGCCUUGCAUCAGGACACCGGCGCCUGGAGCUUUGCCUGUACCGGCAACGCCUUUCCCUCCUUUGCCACCGGUGACAGCUGCAGUGCCCACAGGUGAAACGAUUGACAAGGUUGCUGGCGAGAUGAAUGCGCUCGCUGAUGCAGAGAGUGUCAAGGAGGAGCUCCUGGACGAGGCACAGAUUGCAGCGGCGGCUGAUCAGGUUCCCGAAGGGAUGAAUUUUUACAGGCACAGGAAGAGUUCAAUCAUGCAUCGUGUGAAGUGUGAUGGGCGGAUAGCUGCUUGUGGUGCUGUCAUGAGUGCAAACUUCGUGAAGUUGCCAAGAGUUCUCACAGUGCGAUGGCCGAAGUGUCUCAAGUGCUUCCCAGAAGACCCAGGACGAAUCAGAAGCAUUGACCAGAUGACAGAUGCCUUGGAUGCAGCGCUGCAGCGCUCAAAGAAAGGUUGCGUUGAUGCCAUGACUUCCUUACUGGACAGUACUGCACAUUUCAGUGAUCGAUGUGCGCGAUUGGGUUUAACACCUGGCUUUGUGACUGCACUUGGAAAUGCUGGAGUUGAUUCACUGUCACGUCUUGCUUUCAUUGUUGGACAGCCAGGUCAACCAAUUCAGAACCAGGAUGUUGAUGACUUCAUUCAAAGAGCCCUUGGAAGAGCAGGAACCAUAGCAGAGGCAAGUUCAGUCAAGCGCUUGACGUUUGAGGCUCAUACUUAUUUAGUUGCCACCCUUCGACAACAGGUCGAUUCUUCAGAAGAUACUCAACCCCGUAGGGUGGCCUUUGCAGAGCGCAACCAGCGCAUGGAGAACCUACGCAAUGAGCUGCGAGGUGUUGACAUUCGUGGCGAGCUCGAACCUGCCCAUUCCUUGUUAGACAAGACUUGCAAGAUGUUUGAUGACAAUAGCAUCAAGUGGUUGGAGCCAUCAACAUGCAUAUCUCGCAGCAUGGAGGUGGUGAGUUGUGACAAAGCUGCCUGGUCGCGACUGGCCACAUUGAAUUGUCAGGUACGAGAGGAUGCUGCUGGAAAUUUUCCAUUGGGAGGGGCCCUUUUGGCCCUGAGGCACAACAACCCGUUGUGGUCCCAAAAGGUGCACGUUUUUUGCGUGGCAAUUUUGUUUCAGCAGUUUCUGAAGGGGGUGCAGAUGGGCUUCAACAAAACAACACUGGAAGUCGAUGCAGACUGGUCUUACAAAGUGGUUUUUGGACUUCCAUGGGAAUGCAAGCAGUUUGUGGAAAAAGCGUGUCAACUGGGACACCCUGCUGGUCAGAAUCAUGCAGUGCCAAAAGAUUUACAGAUGGCCAUUGACAAGCAUGUUGAGUGGUCCGAGCAAACCUUGGUUGAAUAUAGGUUGCAUUGGUGCAGACGUUGGCUGAAGCGUGCCAAAGAAUUGGAGCCAUUGGAAAAAGCAGAUGCAGCCGGAAGGCCUGAUCAUGUGAGGGCCACCACUCAAUGCAAAAGGCUGCUGUUGACCCGUGAGGAAGUUAAUGCGCUUCCUCUCAAACAAUGGUUUGUUUAUUGCGAUGCUGCCUACGAACCUGAAACAAAGACUGGAGGGAUUGGAGCUGCGCUCUUUGACAACAAGGGCGAAUGUGUUGCAUGGUUUGGCUUUCCUUUGGAUGAGAAAAUUUGCAAUGUUUUUGGAGCGCAAAAGAAACAUACUGUGAUUUACGAACUGGAACUUUGUGCGGCAGUGCUGGCCUUAGACUUUUGGGCCGAUCGAAUGAUGGGCGGUCUUCAGGUGUGCUUUGGAGACAAUGUGUACAACACCCACUACUCACUGGAUGCUGCGAUGAGUCUACAAGUGCACUGGCUUGGUUUGAGACUUUGCUGCAGAGUAGGCCAUGGUGUGCUUGUGCCAAAGCAUGAAGCACAGCACAGAGCUUACCUGCAGAGGUUGCAGGAACGCAAUCAAGCUUUUCGUCAACAGAAGGGAAACGACGACAAGUUUUUAGACAAACUCAGGCGAGAGCAGGGUUUCAGCGUUUGUUUCUCCGGUGCAAACGCCUCCAAAGGAGGUGUUCCAAGCAGGAACAAACCGUCGAAAGGUCACUCGCGGGGGGGUAGUCCUUGGCGUCAAUGGGAAGAAGGAACUGUUGAGAUCAAAGGUCUCAGGGGCGAGGUCUAUGCAGUUCGGCCAACAGGCGAACGGGUGGCGACAAAGGCUCCUGGGCUGAACUUCUGCAAAGAUGCUCUCCCUUCCUGGGCAGCCACACAAAAGGUUGAUGAGGGCGUGCUGCAGGCAUCCGAGGAGUCACAGCUGAAUCUAGACGCCACAGGGCAGGAUUUGGUUUUUCUUCGGCAGCAGCUGAGCAAAGAUGCUGGCUUGGACGAUGAGACGGGUAUUCCAGAUGAUAAAGUUGAGGACCUUUCUCAUGAAGUCCCAAUUCCUUCUGAUUUGACAGAGCGUGUGGCUCGACUUCCCAAUCAUUGGCGGCGCGCGCUGAUGGAUUUGUUGGAAGAGGCAGAAGCUUUGCAGGAAAAGAUGACCUGCGAUACCUGCGAUGAGGAUUUGCUUCACACCCCUGUCGAUGAAGGGAAUGAGGCUCUGACAGAGGAUGUUCUUGGGAUCGACGAGCCGGAUGAGAUCGGUGAAAUCUGCGAGGUUGACAGAAAAUUGGAUCCGGACUCAGAAAAGGAAGAUGAACAGCUUGAGGCUGACAGCGAGCCGAUUCGCUCGACUUCAUCUGGCGGGAAUCCUGCUCCUUCCAAGAGCCAAUGUUCUGUACCUUCGCAGGAACCUGUCGGAUGUUCACAAGGUUCACAAGGUUCACAAGACAGACAAGCCGAAGUUUCGGCUGAAACUCCUGAUGGGGAAGAUGUGACAGCGACCUCUCGCGCAAGGGAAUCCCCUGCUACAGUCGGCAAAGAUCUUGUUGCUGCAGGAGGGGGUGCAGCAGCUGUGAGAGUUGUGAGAGCAGCUGAAAAGGAUUUGCCAGAUUGA